AUGGCUAUUGUCAAAAAUAGCAUAACUUUUAUAAAAAGAGUCAAAUAUACACCUUUGUUUGAUACUAUGAAUCAGGUCGGCGAAGGAACUUAUGGAAAGGUUUAUAAAGCAAGAAAUUCAAUAACAAAUGAAUUUGUAGCCCUAAAACGUCUCCGUCUAGAGAUUGAAAGAGAAGGCUUCCCAAUAACUGCAGUUAGAGAAAUUAAAUUGCUACAAGAAUUUGACCAUCCAAAUGUUGUGUCCUUAUUAGAGAUGAUGGUUGAAGGUGAUUCAGUUUACAUGGUUUUCAAUUAUAUGAAUCACGAUUUGACUGGUUUGUUAAGCUUGCCUAAUGUAAUAUUAUCUCCUGCCAAUUGCAAAUUUUUAUUCAAACAAAUUUUAGAAGGAAUGGAAUAUCUUCAUAUGAAGAGAGUCAUUCAUAGAGAUAUAAAAGGAUCAAAUAUAUUGCUUGAUAACAAAGGCAAUAUACAAAUUGCAGAUUUUGGGUUGGCAAGAAAAAUGAAAUAUGUUAAACCAAAUGAAAAUGCUGAUUAUACCAAUAGAGUGAUUACUUUAUGGUAUAGACCGCCAGAACUACUACUUGGAACUACUGACUAUGGCCCGGAAGUUGAUAUUUGGGGCAUUGGGUGUUUACUCAUUGAACUAUUUAAUAAAACAGCUAUAUUUCAAGGAAAAGACGAGAUCCAUCAGUUAGUGACAAUUUAUGAUAUAUUGGGCACACCCUCUCCUACUGAAUGGCCCGGUGUUGAUCAAUUACCUUGGUUUGAAUUGUUAAGACCUAAAUUCCAAAAACCAAGCCGCUUUCAGGAAACUUUUGAACAUAUUCUACCAACAAAAUCUUGUUUCGAAUUGGCGGAAAAUUUAUUAUCGUUGAAUCCAAAAACUAGAAUGUCUGCUUAUGAGGCUUUGCAACAAGAUUAUUUUAAAGAAGAUCCUCAACCUGAAGAGUUGAGCUGCUUGAAUGAAACAGAAGAAUGGCAUGAAUUUGAUGCUAAACAAAAAAGAAGAAAAGAAAGGAGAGAGAAAAAAAAAGAGCAGGCUAAAGAAGCUAAAGAAGCCAAAGUCAAAGCUGAGUUAGAAAAAAAUAAGGAUAAAGAACUUUCCAGUGAUAUUAAAACUGAUCUAAAAGCUGAUGUUGAGAUGAUAGAUGAUAAAGUAACUAAAACCGAAAUUUGA